AUGAGCGAUGAGGAGACGUUCGAGGACGAGGAUCGGUAUCGAAACGCGCGACGCGGUCGAACGUCGGCGUCGGCGUCGGCAUCGGGCGCGCGCGUUGGGCAAUUGGAACGGGAAUUGGAAGACGAACGCGCCGUCGUCAUUCGUUUGAGGCGAGAGCUGCGCGAGGCAAACGGAAACGCGGAAAGGCUUCGAGAGUCGCACGAAGAAGCGAAGAAGUUUGCGUUGGCGAGCGAAAAACACGCGGGGGCGUUGACAGAACGAAUGCAGCGCUUGGUGUGCGCGCGAGAUGAGCGGUGGAGCGAGCGCGAGAAUGCGGCGGAUGCCUCGGAGAGAGCGUUGUCGGCUCGCGUCGCCGCGCUGACGGUCGAAAGCGCGCGCGCGAGCGAAGAAGGCGAGCGAUGGCGGGUAAAGGCGCAAGAUUUAGAAGAAGAAUUACGCUCAAUCAAGGCUGCCACGUUCGAAACCGAGAUCUUGAAUGAAGAGGAGGACGAAGACGCCGGCGCCGCAGAGUCGGCGCAUCGAUUGCGCGUUCGACUCGCCGAGACGCGUCUCGCGCUUCGCCAGGCGCUUGCCUCGGAUAGCGCUGAAGCGAAUACGAUGGCAUCAUCGCAGACCAGCGAGCAAAUCGGUGAUGCGCUCUCGAUGAUGUCGCAAUCAUCGAGGAUGACAGCGACUAAGAGCGCGCGAGACAACGCCAAACUUGCCUCUGCUGAAGAGAAAAUUUCUUCUCUCAAACGCGUCGUGAAGGAACUUAGAAGUACGAAUAACUCGCAAGCGAACGAGCUCGGGCGAUUGGAAAUGCUAUUGAGGGAACAAAUCGCGUCGAGCAAACUCACGCUAGAGUCCGCGGAGGCGACUUCUGAAAACGCGACACACGAACGGGAAUACUUCACCAACACCUUGCGCGAACGCGAAGAAGAAUUACUCGUCUUGAGAGACACUUUAUCGGUAUUAGAAAGUGAUCGUUCGCCUGCGACAGCAGAUGGUGAUUGGCGGCGAGACGAAAUGAAUCGAGCGCGCGAGAAGAUUAUCGCCCUCGAGACUGAAAAUGCGUCGCUCGUAAACGAGAGAGAGCUUCUCGCGGGCGAGGUGCGACAGUAUCGCCACGAGCUCAAGGGUGAGUCGGAGCGCGCGGAGGCGUACGAGAGCAUCGCCAAAUCUGCGCGCCAGCGCGAAGAAAUCUUGUUCGCACAACUCGAGUGGAAAACUGAAGAGUGCAUCGCGUACAUGGAUGCGGAGCUUGAGCUGCUGAGUCGUUUAGACGACGCCGAGCGAGACAACUUGGAUUUGGAAAUCAGUCUCAAGUCGUGUGAGAAAGCGCUUCGACUGCAAGUCGAACGGUUGAGUCAAUACAGCGCCACGCAGAUCGGAGAUUUGAAACGCAAAGUUCAACAGAGCGUGACGGAUACCGUUUCAACAGACGCCGCGGCGAACUUUUGCCGCGGUAUCCAAAUCGCGCUGCGACAGACAGACGACGGGGAAACCACUGUCAAUCAAAGACUUGAAGAAGCGCUCUUGGAUGCGCAGCGCACGAUUGCUCUGUUGGAGUGUACGUCUAUUAAAUACGAGAAGGCUUUUACUUCGGCUAUGAGGCACGUGGAGAAGGCGGAACAUCGCAGCGAGUCGACAAAGACAGCGUUUGAUCACGUGUGCGCCAUUCUCGAACUUUCUCAAAAGUCGUACGCCUCUCUGAGCUCCAAGGCCAUGAGUUCGUUGGAGAAUCGACUCAUGACGACGCACGCUCGCAACGUAAAGUUAUCACAGAUAAUUGUGCGAGGCGAAACGGACACGGGCGUCGAGCUUAACGAAAUGGAGGAGGAACUGCGCGAUCGCGACGAAAAGAUUGAAUUAAUGAAGGCGCGCAUCGACGAGCUCGAAGUCACGGGAAGCGAACUCAUUGGCGCUCGCGAGUCGGCUGCGAGCGCUAUGCAAGCCAUGUCGGUGGCCCGCGAUAAGGCGAAGAAGGAAGUGUUCGAGGAGCAGGAUCGCUUGCGCGAAGCCCAGCGCACGAUUGCCGAACUUAACGCCCGCGUUGCGCAGCUUCACGAAGAAUUUCGGGCGUCGAUAUUAGAAGAUCAGGCGGACCAAUUGCGCGCGUUAGUCGAAGAACAAGCGCAGACGAUCGCAUCGGCGUCUAUGGAGCUAGAGAAACGAGUGAAUGCGGAAACGCAUGCGCAGGAGAGACUGGCAGAAAUCACACGAGAGCUCGAAGCGACGCGUGAAAGCUUUGAGCGAGCGACUGCAGAGCUCGAAGAAGUACGGGAAUCUCGCGCAAAGCUCGUCGAGCGGACAGAUGGACAAUCUGAACACCCUGAUGUCGUGACAAAAUUGAGCCAGCGCACAUCCGAGCUCGAAAAAGCGAUUGAGGUUCGAGACGAUCGAAUCAGAGAAUUGGAAAAGUCGGCGCGCUUCGAGACGGCUUUGGCGACAAAGGGAACGACGGCGACGCUUGGUGCGAAAGUUGAUCCUCACGAUGCGGAAAGCUUAGUCACUGUCGCGCUCAAAGACAACCGAGCGGCUGCUGUCGUCGCAGCCGCUGCGCGUGACGAAGUCGAUCGACUGAAGGAAGAAAUCAGAUGGCGUGAUGACGCCUUGGCUGCCGUCGGCGCGUCGACGACAAAUGUCGCGAUGGACGAAUCCACGCGAACUGAACUCGAAAAUAUCAAGUCUCUUCUCGAAGGCGCGUUCAAGCAACACGAAGGACGGUUAUCAGAAACCAAUCGCUUGGUCGCGCGCGACACAUCGACUUUGCAAGCAUACGCCGAGGUAAUGACGGCGAGGCUGCUCAACUUGGAAGCCGAAAUCGCGGAACAAAAGCGAAAAGAAGAGGAAUGGCAGGCGAGCAACAUGCCGGGCGAUGAUGAGCGUCGCGCGCACGUGGAAAGAUGUAAGCGCUACAGAGAGCUCAUGCAACGCCUGCGUCAGGAGCACGAACGCGAGCGAAAUAAACUGUUGGAAUUCGUCAAGGAGUCGGAAGCAAAGAUUGCCGAUUUGACCAGGCGCGUGCAGAGCAGCUGGGCAGGAGAAUCCGAGGCUGAAGUCGCCAAUCUCAACGCGCAGCUCGUGCGCGCAAAUCAACGAAUCGAAGAGCUCGAACGUCAGCUAAAAACCAAGCAACUCGCCGUCGACGCGACAGAAGGCGGUUUCACUUUGCUCACAGAAGUCGAAUCCGCCGACGCAGAACUUCGAGACACCAGCGCCAAGCUCGCGACGAGCGUCGAAGAAGCCGCUCGACUUCGCGAUGAACUCGAACAGUGCAAGACGCAAAUCGAGUCGAUGAGGGAAGAAACGAAGAAAGCUGUGGAGAAGCAGCUGACGACCCGAUUCCGGCGCGAGCUGGCGAGACACGAAGAUGAGAUCGAGCGAUUGCGCGAACGUUGCUCGGCGUUCGCACCGCCGUGCGCAUCCCUGGUUGAGGCUGUGCGCAAGAUGUCGAUACGCUUGUUGCGUAUGUCAGCCGCUGUGGCGCACAUGUCGAGACAAGCCCAAGGCAAGCAGUCGAUAUCAGAAACCCUGAUGGCGAAAGAUGCGAACGAAGUUGCUUCUUUGGUCGGGUUGUCGCUCGAGGAAAUCACCUCGGUGUUUGCAGUGCAAAACAUUCGUUCCGACGGUUCCGCGGAUGAAGCGAAAACGGCGCUGAGCAUGUUGGAUUCACCGGAAAAUAUCGCCGCUGCGAUCGCGUGGUGCGAGGCGCGUACCUUGCAACUCAACGACGCUUUGACAUCGGAGGCUCCGAUUGCCGAAGUCUGGAGAGACGAUGCACUCGACGCCGUGACGUCGCUCGUGCACGAUCAAGCGAGCGCGGCUGAGACGUGCCUUCGCGAGUCCACGCCCGAACUUCAACGCUGGUGGAUGGGAUUAGCUACUAGUGACUAG